AUGAAUAAAAUAAAAAGGAAUGAAAUAAUUACGCUUGCAGGACUCAGAGGUAAUGACGAAAAUUCAACGAAUACGAAACCGAAUCAAACUGCCGGUGCAAAGCAGUUGAAAAAAGAUACUGUUAAAAAGCAGAGUGAGGAAAAUAAUAAUCAUAAUACAAUGGAAUCAGGCAAAUGUGCGAAUACAUUGAAUGGAUGUACGCGCAAAAGUGCUGAUGGUAGUAAUUUAUUAAACGAUAUAGCGGUUACAGGAGGAGCACAAGCAAUAUCAUUACAGCGUACCGAUAGCGCUUUAAGUAAUGAAUCGAUAGCAUCAUCACAGGCAUCGACUAAAUCACCGAAUUCGACAUCAAGUCGGAAUUUUCAUCUAAGGGAUACUAUAUCUCCUAUUCAUCAUAAUCACCAACAACAACAACAACAACAGCAAUCACAAUAUCAUCAUCAUCAUAAUCAUCAUCAUCAUCAUCAAUCUCAAUCUCAAGCAACCCCUUUUAAGCAACACUUGAAGAAAUCUGUUUAUAGUGGUAGUGAUGGUGGUAAUAGUGGUAAUAAUAAUAGUAGUAGUAGUAAUGGUAAAACAAAUUCACCAGCAUCUUCGUUACUUCAAAUGGACGGAUCUGCGGGUGCAGUUGGCAUCAUUGGUGGUAUGCAACAUGAAACAACAAUAACAGGAGGUGGGAAUAAUGACAAUUCAGGUAGUGGAAUUAGUAGUACACCAUUACGUAAAUCUGUUAUCAUUUACAAAGAACAACAACAACAACAACAAAAUGCUAAUAAAAAAAAGCAAUUAAAUGGGAAAGAAAUUGAGGAGCUUGCUGCAGGCCUAAGAAAAUUGAAUUUAACAAAGGAGAAUUCUCUUAUCGAACAAUUUAUUACAAGUAAUUUUGAAGAUGAUGAAGUAGGAGGUGCGGUAGGACAGAUGCUCGUACAUUUCUCUAUCGAAGAGAAUCGGCAAGCCGGCAAAAUUGUAGCUCGUAUCGCUGCACAACUCCUCAAUUUUGAUACCGCAAGUGUUUUUUAUCAGGGUAUUGCAGUUGCAUUAAUGCAUUACUUUGAAUGCAGGGAUCGUUUACGUAUCGAUCAUUUUCGGGUUUGGAUUACUUUCCUCAAUUUUGUUUCCGAUUUAUAUGCUAGUGUUGGCUACAUUUAUGAAGGAGAACUUGUCGAUCUUGUUUUUCGCAUUUUCGGCUAUUUGCUCAAAGCACCUAUUCUCGAUACAUUAAAAAUUGAAGAGUUGGAAAGUUUGAUUGGUUGUUUGCUCAGCGUUGGUUAUGACCUCGAACGACAAUGUCCUGAACAAUUAGCCGUUUUGAAAGAUCUCAUUCGAGAUGCUUUUAUCGAGGUACAAGAACCUUGGGCACGUAAAAUGAUUCUUUUAUUGAUGGAACUGGGAGCAAGUGGAUGGAAACUUCCACCUGAAGCAAAUGAAUAUUAUUUCCAACAUACCAGUUCAUAA